AUGUCCACGCUUGAGAAAGUGCUUGCGGAGCUCAAGGGUGCCUCCAACCUGAUUGCCACGCAGAGUGACUUGCGCGGUGGUCCAGACAAGAUCACCACGCUACGCUCCUCAUUAUGCUCGUCCUUGUCCAAGAUGAUUGCGGGUAUUUCGAUGCCGUUAGACAGCACUGGUGCACAAGAGAUUCUCCAGGCAAUAAUGGUUACGUCCUUCGACGAGACUCAGAAGACAUCCUUGUCCAAUACAGUGGAGGAGAAGCUGCUCGGUUCCUUCAAGUCAUCCAGGCUCGGACCACACGAAUUCCAGGCUUGGCAAAAAGGAUCGAACCACGUGUUGAACUAUUUCACGCAGUCCGAUUACGACAUCAUCAGCGACCCCGCAAUUCCUUUCAACUCGCCCUCCAAGAUUUCCGUCAUAGUCAAUCGGCUGUCGCUCGGAGGCAUCCACAAACCGAGCCCCCCGAUGUGCGCUGAUUUGGUGGGCAUGCUGGCUUCUCAUGCGUGGUCGGACGACAUAAAUGCGAAGAUGCUCUAUGAUGCUGUGUUCGCGAUCGGCAAGGACUUCAACGCCAAGAGGGUCAGUGCCGAUGCUGCUGUGGGGAGCCUCCCCAUCGUGAGGGCAAUCCCUGAAUGCCCAUACGAAUUACCGUCCGAGGUCCAAGCUGCCAUGUACCCGAACUCAGCAGACCCGCCCGUCAGGCAAGACAUCCCCGCAUACCAUGCCGUGAGAGGCAUGGUCCAGUGCAGGUCGUCGGGAAGGCACGUGAGGGAGCACGUGUCACGUCCCAAGCGCGUCCAGCACGACGUCUCGAUGGGCAGUCUCACGGUUGAUGAGUUCUUGGCGUCCGCUCAGAGCCAAGGUUUCACGCCGCAGCAGGCAUUGCAACAGCUGGCGAUGACAGGGCCGCAGCAGCAGCGCCAACCAAGCUGGCACAUCGGCGGCAUGGUCACGGUGAAGCCACCGCAGCCAGCAGCCGCCCCAGCUGGUCAACAGUUUGUUGCUGCCCUCGCUGAGUUCGACAAGGGCAAGGACGCCCCCGACGAGGCAGCUGAAGCUGGGCAGAUGGUCAAGGAGAUCGAAAACGAGUACGCU